ACAGAAUUCUUCUUCUUCCUGGUUUAUCGAGGAACGAAAAUCUGCCGGAUAUCCCGAAACGCCCAAUUUGGUUGCCUCCUGUUUGGAUCUGAUCUGAUCUGAUCUUCGUCUUCUUCAUUUCAACGCCUUUUCUCAUCAUUUUCCCGAGAAAAUCCCUUCCCGGGAAAAUGUCUCACAGCGAUACAAUUCCUCUUCACCAAUCCUCUCAGUCGGACAUCGACGAGAUCGAGAAUCUCAUCAACGCCAGCGUCCAAACCAGCUCCUCCACUGUUCUUCCAGCUCGCCCCCCAAGUCCUCCUAGGGCUUCUAUUCCUGUUUCUUCCUCACCGUUUAUACAGUCCAAUCUCCCUCCACUUCCCCCCAAAUCAACUAGCCAGAAGCCGCCGACUGUCUUCCCUGCUCCGCCGCCGCUGCCUGCCUCCAGUAAUGCCCGGUCUGAUACAUCGCCGACUGGAUUCGGAUCGGGGCCCAACACACUGACGGAGCCGGUAUGGGAUACGGUGAAGCGGGAUCUGUCCCGGAUCGUCAACAAUUUGAAGCUUGUGGUUUUUCCCAACCCUUUCCGUGAGGACCCCGGAAAGGCUUUGAGGGAUUGGGAUCUGUGGGGGCCUUUCUUCUUCAUUGUGUUCCUCGGUCUUACUCUUUCGUGGUCUGCAUCGGUCAAGAAGUCUGAGGUGUUUGCUGUUGCAUUUGCACUUCUUGCUGCCGGUGCAGUGAUUCUGACCUUGAAUGUGCUUCUCCUGGGUGGACAUAUAAUUUUCUUCCAGAGCUUGAGUCUCUUGGGAUAUUGCCUAUUCCCUCUAGAUAUUGGAGCAUUGAUCUGCAUGUUGAAGGACAAUGUAGUAGUGAAGAUAGUUGUAGUGUGUGUGACCUUGGCAUGGAGUUCAUGGGCUGCAUAUCCUUUCAUGAGUGCAGCAGUAAACCCAAGAAGAAAAGCCCUUGCCCUCUACCCCGUGUUCCUCAUGUAUGUAUCAGUUGGUUUCCUCAUCAUUGCCAUUGAUUGAGACCAGUAUGCUUCAACAAAUUAGGAAUGUUACUUUUAACCUCUUUUUGUUUUUGUUAUUGACUUAUAUGAUGUCUUGAAACUCGGAUCUUCCUGGAUGGAUCAUCAUAUUCAGUGACAGCAAAUUUUGCUUGCUGGAAACCCAAAUCUGUGUAGCUACAUGUAUCUACUUGUUGUUCAUUCAUUCACUCACAUUAUU